AUGCCAUUAGAUGCAGAUGACUGCGUCGCUCUCUCCGUCUACUGCUUCACCUUUCUGCUGGGCCUUCCCGCCAACCUCCUGGUGCUCUUCGUGUACGUGCGAAAGGCCCGCAAGCGUGGCGCCACCCCCAACGUGGUCUACGCCCUCAACCUGUGCCUGGCCAACCUGGCGCUGGUGGCCUGGCUGCCCGUCAAGGCCUUGGAGACGUUCCUUCAGGACUGGAGGCUGCCGGCGCCCCUCUGCCCCGUUUACAGCUUCUUCCUCUUCUCCUCGCUCUACGGCAGCUGCCUGUUCCUCGCCGCCGUGACGGUGGGCCGCUACCUCAGCAUCGCGUUCCCGAUUAGCUACAAGCGAUACCGCCGUGCCCGUAUCUCUUGCUUCAUCAGCGCCGCCUUGUGGGCCGUGGUGGUUCUACACCUCGGCUUCGGCUUGGUGGCUGAAGGAGGGGCGAACUUUGUCUCCUCGAUCAACGAUGACGCCUCGGCCUGCUACGACCACUUCAACGCGUCCCAGCUGGACGUGCUGCUGCCGCUGCGCCUGGAAAUGGCGGUCGUCCUGUUCCUGCUGCCCCUGAUGGUCACGGCCUUCUGCACCCUGCGCUGCGUUGCUCUGGUUUGGCGCUCCAAUCUGCCCGCUAUGGGAAAGAAGAGGGUGCUGACGGUGGCCCUGUCCACGCUGGCGGUGUUCGUGGUGUGCUACGCGCCGUACAACGCCUCGCACAUCGUGGGCUUCGUGCUGUGGGAAAACGUGGCGUGGAGGAGAGACGCUAUGCUGACCAGCUCCUGUAAUGUUUUCCUGGAGCCUGUGAUCAUGCUGAUGCUGUCACCGGCGAUGUCGCGGGGCAUCAUGGGAAGGAUCUGCGGGCGGCCGAGCCGAUACAGCAGGACAGAGGGGCAUCGUCAGCGGCGUAACACCUUCACACCGUACGCUGUGGCAAACGUCCCGCCUACGAUGUCUGAAAAAAGCCAACCUGGGCCCGAGCUGACUAAAGAAAGUCAAGAAUAA